GGUGGAGGUGGAGGCGAUGGACAAGGCCGGGAACUUCAUUGGGUGGCUGCACGUGGACGGGCUCAACCUGUCGGUGGCGCUGGUGGAGCAGGCGCUGUCCAAAGUGCACUUCAAUGCGGAGCGGAGCCCGUAUGGGAAGGCACUAAUGGCGGCUGAGGAGGGGGCCAGGCAGAGGAGACAGAAGGUAUGGGCUCACUACGAGGACCCCCCGUGCCCCUCAGUGCCGUGUCCCCCCGAGGAGCCGGAGCGCUGCGCUGCCUAUAGGGCCGUGCUGGUCACCGAGGUGACCGACCAGCUGCACUUCUACGUGCAGGACGUCGAGACCGGGGCGCAGCUGGAGCAGCUGAUGGAGAACAUGAGGGCGGAGGUGGCCGCCCACCCCCCCGUGGAGGGGGCGUAUGUGCCCCGCAGGGGGGACUUGUGUAUGGCCAAGUUCGUCGAUGGGGAGUGGUACAGGGCUCGGGUGGAGAAGGUGGAAUCCCCCACAAAGAUCCACAUCUUCUACAUCGACUACGGCAACGUGAGUAUGGGCCGACCCUAUAACCCACCCUAUAACCGGCCCUAUAACCGGCCCUAUAACCGACCCUAUAACCCACCCUAUAACCCACCCUAUAACCCACCGACCCUAUAA